AUGGAGAUCCGGCCGGACCGCUUUAAGGCUGUAGCAGGAAAAACCCUGGGAAAGAUACACAGGAUCCUUGAGAAGCGUCAAGAAAAUGGCGAAACUAUCGAGCUGUCAGCUGAGGGAAGGCCAGAGAUGGUGGAGGAGAAGGAGCUGCCCAUCGUGGACUGUACAUGCUUUGGGAUGCCACGCCGCUACAUUAUCGCCAUUCUCUCUGGUCUCGGUUUUUGCAUCUCCUUCGGUAUCCGCUGCAAUCUCGGCGUUGCCAUUGUCAGCAUGGUCAAUGACCACACUGUUUAUUAUGGAAAGAAACCCGUCAUACUGGCUGCUCAGUUCACGUGGGACCCAGAGACAGUGGGGAUGAUCCACGGUUCAUUUUUCUGGGGUUACAUCGUUACACAGAUCCCUGGAGGAUUCAUCUGUCAGAAAUUCGCAGCCAACAGAGUGUUUGGCUUUGCGAUCGUGGCCACGUCCACUCUGAACAUGCUGAUUCCUGCUGCAGCACGGAUCCACUAUGGAUGUGUCAUCAUGGUCAGGAUAUGCCAGGGUCUUGUGGAGGGUGUGUCAUAUCCUGCAUGCCAUGGGAUCUGGGCCAAAUGGGCUCCGCCUCUUGAGAGAAGCCGAUUGGCCACAACGGCAUUCUGUGGGUCAUAUGCAGGGGCUGUGGUGGCGAUGCCCCUGGCUGGUGUAUUAGUACAGUAUACUGGAUGGUCAUCUGUUUUUUACGUAUAUGGUAGCAUCGGGAUACUGUGGUAUCUCUUCUGGAUCUUGGUGUCAUAUGAGAGUCCAGCUGCUCAUCCUACAAUCACUCCAGAGGAGAGGAAAUACAUUGAGGAUGCCAUUGGAGAGACUGCAGGGCUGGUCAACCCCCUUCAGAAAUUCAAAGCACCUUGGCGUCAUUUUUUCACCUCCAUGCCAGUAUAUGCCAUCAUCGUGGCCAACUUCUGCAGAAGCUGGACCUUCUACCUGCUCCUCAUCAGCCAGCCUGCAUACUUCGAGGAGGUUUUUGGUUUCGAGAUCAGCAAGGUGGGGUUGGUGUCUGCGCUGCCUCACCUGGUGAUGACCAUCAUAGUGCCGCUGGGGGGGCAGCUGGCUGACUACCUGAGAUCACACAACAUAAUGAGCACCACGAAUGUCCGCAAGCUCAUGAACUGCGGAGGAUUUGGAAUGGAGGCCACGCUGCUGUUGGUGGUGGGAUUCUCUCACACUAAAGGCGUGGCCAUAUCAUUCCUCAUAAUGGCUGUUGGCUUCAGUGGGUUUGCUAUAUCAGGCUUUAAUGUGAAUCAUUUGGACAUCGCGCCACGUUAUGCCAGCAUCCUGAUGGGUAUUUCUAACGGAGUGGGCACCUUAUCAGGCAUGGUGUGCCCUCUUAUAGUGGGAGCCAUGACCAAACAUAAGACACGUGAAGAGUGGCAGUAUGUCUUCCUCAUUGCAUCAUUGGUUCAUUAUGGAGGUGUAGUCUUCUAUGGGAUAUUUGCAUCGGGAGAGAAGCAGCCAUGGGCCGAUGCUGAGAACACCAGCGAGGAGAAAUGCGGCAUACUGGAAGAAGACGAGUUGGCCAAUGAGACUGAAGAGCUUUACAGAAUGGGUGGACAGUAUGGUGCCAUUAACCAGCCAAACACCGCUGAGCCAAAAGGGAGUGGAGGUGGGGGCGGAGCUGGAUGGGUCUCAGACUGGGAUAAAACAGAAGAAUAUGUACAACCAGUCGGGAGAAAUAGUUAUCUUUAUGGAGAAGAGGGUGAGAGGGAGCUCACAUAG